AUGAGUCCAAAGAAGUUUAUAUGGUUUGGAAAGAAUAUGAAAAAUUGGAACUCCUCCUACUAUUCUUUCUCUGAUUUUUCAUUUAAUCUUCCAGUUUCAGUCUUGCCAAUUCCAUUCAUUCUUCAUAUAGUAGUAGUUGUAGUAGAUAGAUAUAGAUAUAGAAAGAAAGAGAUGAACAACAAGAUUAUCUGUAUUUUAAUAUUUGCUCUAUUAGCAAUUGCAUUCACAUCGGCUCAAGGAAACUGGUGUUCAACAAACUGUAAAACACCAUGUGUAGGAGAUAGUGGAGUAUGUUGCGGUGGUGAUGUUGCAGAUCAAGAGACUGGUGAAAAGUCAAUGAUAUGCGAGACCUAUUGUUUGCCAAAGGGAUACACAUGCUGUGGAUGCAAUUAUCAAGGUGGUAUUUGGACUUGUGGUGGAUGUCCACAAGGUAGCUCUUGUAAACUAAUGAAUUCAACUAUACCUUCACCAACUAUUCAAAUGGGUGGUUACUAUUGCGAAAGAUCUUCCUUUGAAAAAUUAUUACCUUCUAUUAUCCUUUCAAUCUCUUUGGUUUUAUUGGCAAUCAUCUUACAAUAA